UAAUUUCCAAGUAGAUUAUGUCCCUUUACAACACUAAUUCACAAACCAUAACAUAAGAAUGUCAUCAGAGUUAAGAGAACUGAAACGUUUAAAAGAUGAAGAAAGAACACUUAUAUCGCUAGCCUCGCUAUUGACUGACCAACUUAAUCGCUUAAAAGUAGAAGAAUUGGCUUUACUAAGCAAAAGGAGACUUCAGACAACUUCAGCUAAUUCACAACUUACCAUUAGUUCUAGGCAUGAUCAGAACGGGUCAAGAACAGAACAGGAAAUGUUUUUGGCAGAGGAAAUGGUUGACUUUUCAGCAACAAAUGAAGUUCAUCAACCCAGUGAGCAGCAUGACCAGGAACUUCCACAAAUAGUAUCCAUUCAAUCAGGGGACCAAGUAAUUGCGAUUAAUGAAGGUCACAUGAUUUUACCAGAAGACCAUGUGAUGGAAGUUUCUAACCAUGUGACCAGUACCAAUAGUCAUGUGAUAGAUGCACCAGAUCAUGUGGUCCAAUUAGAUUUAGCUGUUUCAAGUCAUCAGCAAGGCUCUGGUAGAGAGGCACAAGAGGAGGAGGAAGAUGAGGAUGACUGAAAGGGGAAAUAACUCUGAUUGACAAGGGGAAUAACUCUGUGAUAUGGACUGUUACCAUGGCACCAAGAAAGAGAUUCAAAUCUUUGAUACUGAUAUUGUCACUAGCAUUGUCCAAUGGAAUGUAAUGGACAGCUGAAUAUAUCAGUUGUGAAAAGUGUUCACAAGAUACAAAGGGAAACAAUUCAGAGAAAUAAUUAACAAUAAAUGA